AUGAGUUACAGCCUGGCCUUUCUGCUGGUCCUUUUCCUUUGCCUUGGCUCUGCCUCCAGGACUUCAGAGACUCUGACUUCUGCCUCUUCCCCAGAGUUGGCAACAAUGUCCUACGUUACAACCCCAGGAGUCACAUCUUGGGCAGAAAGUGGUACUGUGUCACAGUCAUUUUCCAAUUUCACCGGCUCUGUGGACAGUCAUGGGACCUGCCAGUGCUCCGUUUCCCUGCCAGACACCACCUUCCCUGCUGACAGGGUGGAGCACUUAGAGUUCACAGCUCACAUCCUUUCUCAGAAGUUCGAGAAAGAGUUUUCUAAGGUGAAGGAAUAUGUCCAGCUAAUCAGUGUGUAUGAGAAGAAGCUCCUGAACUUGACUGUCCGAGUAGAGGUCAUGGAGAAGGACAGUAUUUCUUACACAGAACUAGACUUUGAGCUGAUCAAACUAGAAGUGAAGGAGAUGCAUAAACUGGUCAUACAGCUGAAGGAGAAUUUUGUUGGAAGCACAGAAAUUAUUGACAAGCUGGAAGUGGAGAUAAGGAAUAUGACUCUCCUGGUAGAGAAGCUAGAGACACUAGACCAAAACAAUGUCCUUAGCAUUCGCCGGCAAAUCUUGGCUCUGAAGACCAAGCUGAAAGAAUGUGAAGCCUCUAAAAGUGAGCUUGUACCUGCCACGCCCCCUCCUCCUGCUCCUGGAAGCUGUAGUCAUGGUGGUGUGGUGAAUAUCAGCGCUCCCUCCGUGGUUCAGCUCAACUGGCGAGGGUUUAAUUUUAAGUAUGGUGCCUGGGGUCGAGAUUACUCUCCUCAGCAGCCAGAGAGAACCCUGUACUGGGUGGCACCUCUGAAUUCAGAGGGGAGGUAUCUAGAAUAUUACAGACUUUAUAACUCACUGGAUAACCUGUUAAUCUAUUCUCAUGCUGGAGAGUAUCGAGUUCUCUAUGGCCAAGGGGGUGGUACAGUAGCGUAUAACAACAACCUGUAUGUGAACUGGUACAAUGGGAGGAACAUUGCCAAAAUUAACCUGAUGACCAACAGAGUUACUGUGAAUCAACCUCUCCCUAUGGCUGCCUAUAAUAACCGCUUCUCGUACGCCAAUGUGAAUUGGCAAGACAUUGACUUAGCUGUGGAUGAGCAAGCACUGUGGGUGAUUUAUGCAACUGAGGACAGCACUGGUAACAUAGUGAUCAGUAAACUCAACGAUACCUCUCUUGAGGUGCUAAGCACAUGGGUUACCAAGCAGUACAAACCAUCUGUUUCUAGUGCCUUCAUGGUAUGUGGAGUUCUUUAUGCUACCCGCACUUUGAACACCAAAACGGAAGAGAUAUUUUACUACUACGAUACAAACACAGGGAGGGAAGGCAAUCUAGCCAUCCCAAUGAGAAAGAUGCAGGAAAGAAUUCAGAGCAUUAAUUAUCAUCCCUUUGACCAGAAACUUUAUGUCUACAAUGAUGGUUAUCUUCUAAAUUAUGAUCUUGUCUUCUUACAGGAGCCCAGGCAAUCUGUCUAG